AUGUCUUCUGGAGGCAAAGGAGGAAAAGCAUCAGCUGGCAAAACAGGGCAAUCACGAUCAACUAAAGCAGGACUUACAUUCCCAGUUGGACGUGUUCAUAGAUUAUUAAGAAAGGGGAACUAUGCGCAAAGAGUUGGAGCAGGUGCACCAGUAUAUCUUGCAGCAGUCUUAGAGUAUCUUGCAGCAGAAAUUCUCGAAUUAGCAGGAAAUGCAGCCCGAGAUAACAAGAAAACUCGUAUCAUCCCACGUCAUUUACAACUUGCUAUUAGAAAUGACGAGGAAUUAAAUAAAUUGUUAGGAUAUGUUACUAUUGCACAAGGUGGUGUUUUACCAAAUAUCCAUUCUACUUUACUUCCAGUUAAAUCUAAGAAGUUAGGGAAAGCAUCUCAAGAGCUUUAG